CUAUUUCUUUCUCUCUUUCCUUUCAUUUUCUCAUUUUGUCUCUCGACAUAAUUCUCCUCAUCGAUGAUGUCGAUCGAUUUAUAAUCUACGAGGACACGUUCCUGCAAUUACAUCCACUUGAUUUUAAAUCGGAUCAAUCUAUAAAUGACUGAAAAUAAUUAUCGUUGUAGGUAUGCAUUACCAUCUAUCCUAUCUCUCUUUCUCUCUCGUUGAAAAAAAAAAUAAAAAAGAAGGGAAAUAAAAAAAAAAAGAAAAGAAAGAAAGAAAAAGAACAAGAAAGAAAGAAAAAGAACAAGAAAGAAAAGCAAAAAAAAAAGUGACGAAGCGCGAGUUAUUUAUACGAUUGAUUGAUUAAUUUAUUUCCAAUCGUAGCUCUCGCGAGUUCGUCGCAUGACUAACGCGAAUGAGUAAAUAAGCACGAUCGUUAAAUACAUAUGCCGAUCGUACUGGUAGAUUUUAUCCAAUGAUCGAAAUAUAAUCGUUGAUCGUUGAUUAUCAAAGAGUGUAUGAGGGGAUGAAAUUUAUUGGGUUUUAAUCGGACUAUUACGUCGCACCCUUAUAUGCGUAAACUAUAUAUAUAUGUAAAUGGUUGCUUUAACGGCGCGUUUACCGAGAAUGAUUAAUAUAAAUCCUUGACGCUCCCAGAUUGUCUUCUCGAACACCUUGAUCGUAUCUCCUCUAUCUCAUCUCAUGCUCGCCUCGACUCAUGUAUGUACGUCAUAUUAUAAACUUUUUCUUUUAUAGUGAAACAAUACAGACAAUGAUUUCUACUUUCUACUUUCUCAUUUAUUAAGUAAAUUACGUUGGUCGAUAUAUUGUAUUGAAAAAAAUUUCUACAAAUACUAACUACGGAUAUACCUUAACUGUAUAUAAUACCUGUGUGUAUGUGUGUGUGUGUAUUUAUAUAUGUCUAUAUAUGUACGUAUAUACAUACGUAUGUAUGUAUGCGCGCGCGCGCGUGUGUGUGUGUGUGUAUAUGUAUUUACGUAGAGAAUAAAAAUAAAAGCAUGGAUUAUAAAUAGCGUCUCAUCGAAAGCUCGUCUCGUGCCUAAUAAAUAAACAACUCUUUAAUGAGAUGGUAAUUAAUUCCUAGUAGCCUCUGGUGAAGUCUCGAACGAUAAUCGAUCAAUAAUAUCUACAUACGUCUUCUCGUAAAAAAAAAAAAAAAUAAAAAGAAGAAAAGAAAAAAAGGAAAAACAGAAAAAUCUUCUUUCUUGUUCUCUCUCUCUCUCUCUCUCUCUCUCUCUCUCUCUCUCUCUCUCUCUCUCUCUUUCUCUCUCACUACUCCGAAGAGUGUAUCUGAGAAAAGAAACAAUGAUCGCAAAAAAAAAUGAUGUAGCGUCUCUCGUCGAGACAUAAAUAAAUACCUAUAGUAUAUAGCUGCGUCCAAUCCUUAUCCCACCCAACCCCUCUCCAAUACCUCCACCACCACCACCACCCUGUUUGCUCGUUUUUAUUGCUCGUUAAAUAGUAAACCUAUCAGUUAACGACGAAUUCUAGAAAUGGUGCGAAAUAAAAAGAUGAAGAUACCAAUGUCUGUAAGAGAGUAAAACCGAUCUCUUCCUUCUCCUCCUCCUCCUCCUCCCUCUCACCCUUCAUCUCCCCUCUUAACCCGACCCCGAAGAUAUUUUAUUCUCUACCAACGGAUUUCGCGAGUUUGCGUUCUCGACUUUCCCCACUCGCGGCCAAGUGUUUUCACUUCUUUACGAGUGUGCCCGCGCUUAUGUUAGUGCCGAUCCAAACAUCGCGUAGCAAACUCGACGAUCUCGAAAGAGAGAGACAAAAAGAGAGGUUGAAAGAGAGAAGGAAAGAGAGGGAGAGAAAGAGAGGGAGAGAGAGAGAGAGAGAGAGAAAGAGGGAAAGAGAGAGAGAGAAAGAGAGAGUGUUAUCCUCUUCUCAAUUUUGAAGUGUGAUUUUGAAUUAGUAAGAUCCAAAAAAAAGCGAAAGAAAAAGAAAAAGAAAAUACAAUAAAAUAAAAUAAUCGAGAAGACUUGACUUCAAGAAAACGAACGAAAAAUGUCGAUCAUACGGACGAUCUUAACGUUUUGCGUGCUGGUGGUCGUGAUCACGCAAGCGAAGCCUACGAUUUACAAGAGAAAUCAAGACAACGUUUUUGAACCAGUAAUGAUACCCGUGUCUUCUACUGUAAUUCCAUUGCCAGUUUAUAAAGUUGAAUAUGGAUUAGGUUUUAUAUCAAAAGAUAAGAAAGCUCAAUCCUCGUUCAAACCAGAUGGCACUGUGAAAUUAAUUACAAUUAAGAAAAGUCAAGAAAAGAAAAUUUAAUUUGGAUCGUUUCGACGAUAAAUAUAUAAAUAAUUGGUAAUGAUAAAUAAAUUUAAUGUAAUUUAGAGAGCUUAUUAUAAUUCUGCGCAAACGUUGAUAUCGUUUUUAACAUAAGUUUAAAUGCUUUACACCAAAAAUUAAUUUAUCUUCAACACAUUUCUUUUUAAUAAUUAAUUUUAUUUACUUUGAAUAAUGUUUUAGUAUAUAUUAUAUAUA